UAUAAUGCAUUGAUAACUUAGCAAUAAGUUUAAUUAAUAAAUAUGUAUGUUAUAAAUUUUGAUUAUUAAGAAAUGGUAACCUUGUAAAAUAUAUAAUUUGGGUACAUGGGUUUUAAAAAUUAGAUACACAAAAUAAAAGAAGUACAUGUGCAUAAAAAUACACAUAUAAGUAUAACUUAGCAUGAGCCAGUAAGUACUUCCAUAGUUAUUAAAAUGAAACCAAUAUAAUUAGAGGCUAGAGAAAAAAAUCAGUUGUUGAUAAAAAAAAAAAAAACUCAAAAAAAUAAAUUUUCAUUGUAAGAUGGAUAGAACUCAAAUACUCUAAUGCUUUUGUAGUUGAUUUCAAGAACCAUGAAUCAUGAUAUUCAAGCAAAACUACUUAGACGUGAUGAAGAAGAAGAAGAAGGUGACUUGAAAGGAAGAAUAUGGGAUGAAUCCCGAAAGAUUUGGAGGGUUGCAUUGCCAGGUGUCAUAUCAAGAGUUUGUGCAUUUGGAACGAUUGUUGUCACACAAUCAUUCAUCGGCCACAUCAGCGACUUAGAUCUUGCCGGUUAUGCCCUUGUCCAAACACUUAGUGUCCGAUUCGUCAAUGGAAUUCUUUUAGGAAUGUCGAGUGCAACCGAAACUCUGUGUGGUCAAGCCUUCGGAGCCGGUCAACACCACAUGAUGGGCAUCUACCUACAACGAUCCUGGAUCGUUGAUUUAAUCUCUCUAACUGUCCUCCUCCCGAUCUUCAUCUUCGCGACACAAAUCUUCAAAUUUUUAGGCGAAGACGAAUCCGUAUCAAACAGUGGUGGAUACAUUUCUCUAUGGUUCAUCCCUUUCGUUUACAAUUUCGUGUUUAGCCUCACAAUACAAAUGUACCUUCAAGCACAGUUGAAGAACAUGGUGAUUGCAUGGCUUUCGAUUUUUCAAUUCGGGAUUCAUAUCCCUUUGUCGUUGCUGUUCGUGUAUAAGUUGAACCUUGGUGUUGGUGGGGCCAUGAUUGCUUUGUCUAUGUCGUCGUGGUUUCUUGUGAUGGGAGAGUUUGUUUAUAUAUUUGGUGGUUGGUGUCCGUAUUCUUGGAGGGGGUUUACAUCGGCUGCUUUUAAGGAUCUGUUACCUGUUGUGAAGCUCUCGAUAUCUUCCGGUGUUAUGGUCUGCUUGGAGUUAUGGUACAAUGCUGUGCUAGUCUUGCUUGCGGGGUACAUGGCAAAUGCGGAAGUCGCGAUAUCUGCCUUCUCGAUAUGCCUGAACAUUAAUGCGUGGGAGUUCAUGAUCAGCCUCGGUUUCUUAGGUGCCGCAUGUGUCCGUGUUGCAAAUGAAUUAGGGAGAGGAAAUGCGAAAGCAGCAAAGUUCUCGAUUAAAGUCUUGUUGGGCACUUCUAUUGCAAUCGGAGUCUUUUUCUUCAUUGUUUGCUUAAUUUUCAGAAAAAAACUGGCCUACUUGUUUACAGACGAUGUAAGAGUCGCAGAUACAGUAUCAGACCUUUCUUUGCUCCUUUCUUUCUCGGUUUUACUCAACAGCAUUUACCCCGUUCUCUCAGGGGUGGCGGUUGGAGCGGGAAUGCAGGGUACAGUAGCGAUAGUGAACCUUGUUUGCUUCUAUCUGAUUGGUAUUCCAAUGGGAGCUUUGCUUGGUUACAUGACUAACCUCCAAGUAAAGGGUAUAUGGAUUGGAAUGAUCGGUGGUGUUGUCACACAAACACUUGCGCUUGUGUAUAUGGCAUGGACAACCGAUUGGGAUGAUCAGGUUAAGAGGGCUUCGGAGAGGCUAAAUCGAUUUUACGUGAAGGCGUCUGAUAAUGAUAAUCAGGAGCAAAUUCGUGUAGGUGUGUUAAAUGAAUCGGUUAUUUGUCUCAUCAUGAUCCAGCGCUUUCAUUUAUUUGGUUUAAAAAAUAGGGAAAAUGACUUAUUAAGGUAA